UCCUGAGCGGGCGCCGCCGCCACCGCCUUGCGGAAGUUCCAAAGUGACUAGCCAGGCAGAGGAGCCGCUUCCGCACGUCGACCAGACGGCCCGGCAGAGACGAGGCGGUUCUUCUUCCCGGCUUGCCCGGGGGUGGUGUGUUCGCCGAGUCGCCCGCCCCGCCCUGCCUCUGCCGCCGGGGCUUGUCCUCCUGCGAGCGCUCCAGGUUUCCCUGCGGGGCCUGAGCGAGGGUGGGGAUGCGGCGGAGCCGGCGAGCGAGAGUCCCCCGCGGAGGAGGGAAGCUGCUGGCGGUGUUGGCGCUGCUGGCGGGGCUGGGGGCGCUGGGCUUGCUGUUGCUGUGGCAACAACGGGGCCCUCUGGAGUCGGAGCCCGGCGACGCGGGAGCCGCCGCAGCCCCUUCCCUGCCCCCCGAGCUAGCCCAGCGGCAGCUCCGCCGACCGGUGUACGACAAGCCGCCCCUGGGCAGAGAGACCGAGCUCGGCGAGCUGGGCCGGCCCGCGCGGCUGGAGUUGAGCAAGGCCGAGCAACAGCGCCAGGAGGAGAGCGUCCGGCUGCACCAGAUCAACAUCUACCUGAGCGACCGCAUCUCGCUCCACCGCCGUCUGCCCGAGCGCCGCCACCCGCUAUGCAGAGAGAAGAAAUUUGAUUAUUAUACUCUUCCAAAAACUUCUGUUAUAAUAGCUUUUUAUAAUGAAGCUUGGUCAACACUUCUGAGAACAGUUCAUAGCGUUCUUGAGACAUCGCCUGACAUUCUUCUAGAAGAAGUCAUCCUUGUAGAUGAUUAUAGUGAUAAAGGACACUUAAAAGAACACUUGGAAAACUAUGUGGCUAACUUGCGCAAGGUACGGCUUAUCCGAGCAAAUAAAAGAGAAGGCUUGGUUCGAGCAAGGCUGCUGGGAGCUUCUAUAGCAAAAGGGGAUGUUCUGACUUUUCUUGAUUGCCAUUGUGAAUGCCAUGAAGGCUGGCUUGAGCCAUUAUUGGAAAGAAUUCAAGAAGAGCCAUCAGCAGUUGUCUGCCCUGUGAUUGAUGUGAUUGACUGGAACACAUUUGAAUACUUGGGAAAUGCUGGUGAGCCACAGCUUGGUGGGUUUGAUUGGAGAUUGGUGUUCACUUGGCAUGUAGUCCCAGAGAGGGAGCAAAAACGACGAAGGUCCAAGACUGAUGUCAUCAGGUCUCCAACUAUGGCUGGUGGACUCUUCGCAGUCAACAAGAAUUACUUUAGCUAUCUUGGCUCUUAUGAUACAGGAAUGGAAGUAUGGGGAGGGGAAAACCUUGAAUUUUCAUUCCGGAUCUGGCAGUGUGGAGGAAGUCUUGAGAUCCAUCCUUGUUCUCAUGUAGGCCACGUUUUCCCAAAGCAAGCUCCCUAUUCACGGUCAAAGGCUAUGGCUAACUGUGUCCGUGCUGCAGAAGUAUGGAUGGAUGAAUAUAAAGAGCUUUAUUACCAUAGAAAUCCACAUGCCCGCAUGGAGGCAUAUGGUGAUGUAAGAGAAAGAAAACUUCUUCGAAAUAAACUGAAAUGCAAGGAUUUCAAAUGGUACUUGGAGAAUAUUUACCCAGAACUCCAUGUGCCAGAGGACAGAGCAGGCUUCUUUGGGAUGCUGAAGAAUAGAGGGAUGACAAAUUAUUGCUUUGACUACAAUCCUCCCAGUGAUCAUGAUGUAACAGGACAUACAGUCAUAUUAUAUCCUUGUCAUGGCAUGGGACAAAAUCAGUUUUUUGAGUACACUUCUCACAAUGAAAUACGUUACAACACACGACAUCCUGAAGCCUGUGCAGCUGUUGAUCCGGGAACUGACCUUUUGAAAAUGGACUUGUGCCAAAACAAUAUCCAGAACAUUCCUGAAAAUCAGAAAUUUGCUCUCAGAGAGGACGGAACAUUAGUUCAUAUUCAGACCCAGAAGUGCGUACAGGCUGAAUCUAAUGCCUACAAUGGCAAUCCAGCACCUUUAUUACGACCGUGUACCAAUUCAGAAUAUCAGAAAUGGUUUUUCAAAGAAAGAAGCUGAUCCAGAAAUCUCCAUUUUGAGGUUGAUCAAAAUAAACUUUGGAAUGCAAAUUUAAAAAUGCAUAACUAUUUUUAUAUGCAGAAGAGCUGUACUUUUCUCUAGGGAUGUGCACAAACCGGUCCGGAGGCCAUGUUGGAGGCCUCCGAACCGGUUCGGAACCGGGCCGGGCCAGCGGUCCGGCACUGAGGGGUUCGAACUUU